CGGGUAAAUAGGUCAACACAAGGGCUAUGAAGAAGCUUCAAGACUAGCCAAUUUGCUUUCCUAAAAGUCUGUACAGAUCACCAUAGGAACAGAGAAUGAAUAGAGCACCAUCUCUCGGGCAGAAGCUGUCGAAUGUCCAACACAUGCCAGUGUUGAUAACUGCCACUUCUGCCUCUAAAGAUGCUCCGGAGGGUUUCAUCCUCAGGGACAUCAUCAAGAUGAGCUUUGACUCGACGGCCACUCGAGUGUUUCUACAGCAGUACUUAGUCAACGAGCUGUGUUCCACUAACAAUGUGUUUGUCAAGCUGAGAGUACUGCGCUGUAUAACAGCCGUCCUGGACGAGGGACACAUCGAGUUCAAGCAAAACCUGAGGAAAGUUCCACAGCCGUUCAACGAAGCAUCCAAGCUGCGACCCCACCAACCCAAGAGUGAGAGCUUGGUGGCAGAGUGUGGUAGGAUCAGGGACAUGGCCUCAAGGAUAUUGGACAUGCUGUAUGAAGACACUCCUGAGCUGAGGAGGAAACCAGCUCCUUCAGUCAGUUACAAUGACUCCAACUCUACUGGUCAGAGUCAGAGCUCAGAGUCGUCCAAUCGGAUCACUGGAUUUGGAAACAGCUCCUACACACCCCCAUCACAACAGCCGACUACAUCUACUAAACUGAAGAAGCUGUUUGGUGUGCCAAGUGCUGGCAAGACAAUACAGUAUGACCCCACCUAUGUGACAAUGGACCCUGUGCCCCAUCUCCAGAACACUACCUCUGCCCCCCACACGGGGGGGCGCUAUCAGGCCGAGGGGGAUACUAUCACUGGAAAAGGUCAUGUGACAGGAAAGGCUGGUGGUGGUUGGGAUGAUCAUGCGGACUCCUCCCCUGAGACAGUUCGUGUACCUCGUCAUGAACCCACACUGAUAGAGGAACCACAAAAUGGUGGCCAUGAUUUAGAGUCCACUAGCACUGAGCAGGAGAAGAGACUAGUAGAUGAUAUCACAGCACCAGGGGGGAUCAAGGCAGCACCCCCCAGGGAGAUGUUGGUCAAGUUUGUGAGCCGAUGCAGGGUAUUGGAUUGUCAGUCAGUGGUGGAGUACUUGCGGCUGAAGCUUGGUGCCGCGGAGAACCAAGUUGUCCUGAGGGCACUGUUUGUAAUAGAAGCUCUCUCCCGCUCUGACUUGCCCGACAUGCUCUCCUAUCUUGACCUAGUGUUGGAGGAGUUGUCCACACUCUCCCAGGCACCACACACCACCAUCAGGACCAAGGCCAACAAGAUCCUGAUGCAGUUGAAUGCUCAGAAUGUCCAGGCUGCUCAGUACCAGCCGACAGAGCGCCAGUCGUCCAAUCAGACGCAGUCUAGCACUAUUUUGGAUAUAGGGGGAGGAGCCUAUGAGGAGAUAGAAAAGGAGGAAACUGUCGUGAGUCAAGAGCAAAGUGAGUUGGCUGCUAGCUUGUUCUCUGGAAUGUCUGUGAGCGGGGAGAAGAAGAGUCGGCCAAAACCAGUUAAACAGGUCAAGAAACCUGUCAAACAGGUGAAACCAGUUGCCCCUCCCUCUUCCUUUGAGGACCUUCUGGGACUGAAUGAUGGGAGCUCUCAGGAUGCUCCACCCACACAGCAUCAAGCUCCACCCACACAGCCUCAAGCCCCACCCACACAUGAAGAGUCAUUACUAGGCAGUGGCGAGGACUCUCUCAUCGAGUUUGAAGGUGGUGGUGAUGAGGACUUUGACCCCUUGAAGAGAACUGCUCGAAGCGACUCUAUUCGCUCCAAUAGAGCUAAUUCACUGAGUACCCCUCAAGUGGCCAUAGCCACAGUGACUGCUACUGACAUCUCAUUGGUUCAACCAGCACAGUCGAGUAGUAAUGGUCUCCUGGGUGAUUUGGCCGGGGUUGAUCUGAGCAAUACGUCGUCAUCGAUGUCCACUCCUCCCACAGCACACAGGGAGCAGCCAUUCUUUGCAGCGUUACAACCGUUACAACCUGCCUCCAUGAGUGGAGGGGCUAUGACAUCAGGACAGCCUCUAAUUAACACUGGAAACACAGGCUAUCCUCAACAACAAGGAGGGCUGCUGAAUCAAGGUGGAAUUCUGUAUGCCCCUGUUGGGCAGGCGUAUGGAGGGGGUGUGGCACAAGGGGGUGGUGUGCCCAUGAUGUACAUGCCAAUGACUGGGCAACAACAGAGGGUGCAGUAUGGAGGCCAGCAGCCUGGGAUGGUGGUGGGGGGUGAAGCCAGGCCAGUGCAGAGAGCUGCCUCUAUGACAGGGGCUACUGCAGCAGACACACCCACUUCUGACAGUGGCUUCAGCUUCCUAGGAAAAUCAAACAAAGGCAGUGCUUUUGACUUUGUGAAAGACGAAAUGCAUGCUAGUAAGAACAAAUAGCAAAACUCUGUAGUGCUCUGUAGACUGUUGAUCUGUGGUGUUUUUUUUUGUGCUAGCAAGGUGCUGUGGGAAAUGAUGGUUUUCAUUUUUCAUUUUAUUUCCUUUUUGUAUUUGUUGGGCACCGCCCCUUUUGUGUAAGACUCUUGUUGAAAUGAUGUUGAA